AUGCUAUCGCUCAAACACUCGUUGCGGUGGGUGUACCUUCUUGCAGCAUGCAAUGUAAUUAUCAUUCUUGCUAUAAUGGUAUAUCUUGAUGCGACUCCCCUCGAUCAGGAAGUCAGGCUGACAAUCAGAGAAUCCAUACAGUCAUUGACCAAUAAGUUCGACUUUACUUACCUCAAGGGGAUCAACAAGGACUCCAAGGGGAGUGCUCAGGAUACAGGGUAUACCCUCGAACCGGGAAACGUCAAGUUCAAGUUCGUCAACCCCAAAGCCAAGCAGGGUGAUCCCAAGGAGAUUCUUGAGCAGAACACCCGCAAAUACACCGAGGUAAUGAACCAAAAAAUUGCAGGCCCCAAAGACUUCGAUCUCGACCUGAUCAGGGCCCCCAGUGAUCCUGGCACCUACGAGCAUGCCAAUGCCACGAUAGUGGCAUUGGUCAGAAAUAGUGAGGCUAUUGGCAUCGGCAGAACUAUCAGAAAGUUCGAAAGGAGUUUCAACGGGAAAUUCAAAUACCCUUACACAUUUAUCAACGACGAGCCAUUUAGCGACAAGUUCAAAAAAAAGAUGCAGUCCUACUCGGACGCCCCCAUGGAGUUCAUCACUAUCCCUCGUGAAUUGUGGGAUAGGCCAGAAUCCAUUGAUGCAAAGAAACAGGAUGAAUUGAUGCAAAUCAUGGAGGAUCACGAUGUCGGAUACGCCAAGAUGCUCUCAUAUCACAAUAUGUGUCGUUUCUACCUGGGAAACUUUUACUUGCUCCCCGAAUUGCAAAAGUACCGUUAUUAUUGGAGAAUAGAGCCAAAUGUUGAUUUUUACACCGAUAUCAAGUACGAUGUGUUUAAAUACAUGGAAGCCAAAAAAAGAAUUUAUGGGUUUACCAUAAACUUAUAUGAUAUCGAUAGAUCGGUGGAAACUCUCUGGCCUGAGACUUUGAAAUUCUUGAAUAAAGGAGAUAACUACAAGUAUGUCAACAAGAACGGGGCUUUCCAAUGGCUCUUAGACGACUUACAAAAUCCUCGGAAUGCGAAAACUGCCAAUGGGUACUCCACCUGCCAUUUCUGGUCCAACUUCGAAAUAGGAGACAUGAACUUUUUCAGAAGUGAAGCGUACAUGGAAUGGUUUAAACAUUUGGAUUCUACAGGGAAAUUUUACUAUGAAAGAUGGGGUGAUGCCCCAGUUCAUUCCAUAGGAUUGGCAUUAUUCGCUGACAAGAAAGAUAUUCAUUGGUUUAGGGAUAUUGGCUAUUCUCAUGAUCCAUACUUGAACUGUCCUCAUAGCGACGACACAAGUGGGUGCAAGACGGGUCUGCUGGGGCAAUGGGAACAUUUGCUAGACCAAAAUUGCAUGGCCAACUGGAUAGAUUAUUCCAUGGAGGAUACCAUAGGAAUUUAUUGA